UCUGUCGUGGACUUGUAGGCGACAGGCUCCGUGAACAAAGCUUUUGUGACCCCAACCAUCGUGCAAGAUUUGGAACACGCCCCACAGACUCUUGUCAUUCUUGUCGUCUGUUAACUGUCAGUUAUUCAAAAAUCUCGUUAGGGUUUUAGGAUAAAUAUUAUUUGUUUUUGUCGUAAUUAUGUUCUAAUUCUAAAUGUACACAAUUUUAAAAUAUUUUAAAAUAUGAAUUAACAUUCAGUUUAUUAUAUUAAAUAUUGUACAUUUUUAUGAUAAACACGUAUACUAUUUAAUUCGUGUUUUAUCAUAUAUAAAAUGGUUAAAUUUCUAGAACUGAAAGGUUUUUAUGAAUUAGAAAGAACAAUAGGAUGUGGUGGAUUUGCAAAAGUAAAGUUAGCCACGCACUUAGCUACGGGAGAAAAAGUGGCCGUCAAAAUAAUGGAUAAAGCUUUACUUGGAGCAGAUUUGGCCAGAGUAAAAUUGGAAAUAUCAGCUCUAAAAUCGCUAUCUCAUGAAAAUAUAUGCAAAUUAUAUGAAGUAAUUGAAAUAGAGACACACAUUUUCUUGGUUAUGGAAUAUUGUUCAGGAGGAGAAUUGUUUGAUCAUAUUGUUGAAAAAAAUCGUUUAACAGAAUCUGAAAGUAGAAUGUUUUUUAGACAAAUUGUAUCGGCUGUUGCUUAUUUGCAUACUUUAGGAUAUGCUCACAGAGAUCUUAAACCAGAAAAUAUAUUACUAGAUAGGCAUCAAAAUUUAAAGUUAAUCGAUUUUGGACUUUGUGCAAAACCUGAAGGAGGCAUGGCAAACCCUUUAUACACUUCUUGUGGUUCUCCAACUUAUGCUGCACCGGAACUGGUGCAAGGGAAACAAUAUUUGGGUACCGAAGUUGAUGUUUGGGCUAUGGGAGUGUUGUUAUACACUUUACUAGCAGGAGCAUUGCCAUUUGAUGAUGUUAAUAUUGAUAGUCUGUAUAAAAAAAUUUUGUCUGGCAAAUAUGAAGAACCCCCAUUUAUGUCUUUAGAAAGUUUACGCUUAAUUAGAUGUAUGUUACAAGUCGAUCCAACAAAAAGAAUCACAAUCAAAGAACUGCUUUCGCAUCCUUGGCUCACGCUUGGAGUGCUUGAGCCUGUACAGAUUAUGUUACAGAAUUCUAAAAUGUAUCAACGUGAAUGCAUAGGGAUUAUGGCUACUCAUUACAAUGUUGAAAAUAGAACAAUGUGGCAACAUUUAAAAAAAUGGAAAUAUGAUUACCAUACUGCUACAUAUCUCUUAUUAGUCUCCAAAAAGAAGAGAGGAUCUGGCCUUAAGUUGUAUAGUUUAUCUGUGAAACCUUUGAUUGAUAUUGACAAGGAAAGUACAUUUAGAAGAAAACCAAUUUUAAGAAGUAUUAAUUCUCCAGCACUUACAGACACAAUUAACAAUGGAAAUAAUUUACAUCAACAUACUCCUCCUGGUGAAGUAAGCAAACUAAAAACAGAAGAAAACACACCCAAUAAAACACCAAAAACCAAUCAGUCAAAUAAGUUUGCACAUCCCUCUAAACCAUCUGGUAUUAGAAAACCGUAUAAAAGGAUAAGAAGUCCAGGGCCAGAUGAUACUUCACCAGUUCCUGCUAAGAAAAUGUCUACUGAACCUUCAACGCCAGUUAGUACACCUGAAAGAAAACUUACCAAUUCUUCAGAUACUCCAGGUUCAGCAAAACGUGUCUUAGGGAGUAUAGAACGAUCAUUUCAAAAAGUAGUGAAUGUAUUAACACCUAGAAAAAUCGAAGAAACAAUAACAGGACGACCUCCUGUUCUAACUAGCAAGGAAUUAUUUAAUGUUUCUACUACUCAGUGUCGAGAUCCAGAAUUUGUAAUGAUCGAACUUUCGAAAGCACUGGAAAAGAAGGGCGUUACGUGUAAACGGAAAGGAUUCACAUUAAGAGGAAAAUUGGAUCCAAGCGCGAAUAAGAAUCUGGGAGAGUGUUCUUUUGAACUAGAAAUUUGUUUAAUUCCCGAUCUUCAUCAGCUGCCUCAGUCCAACACCCCAACCAAAUCCAUUCUUAAAAGAGGUGUCUACAAUACGCCGGUCAAAAAUUUGAAAAAUAAAGAAAAUUUCGUUGGUAUUAGGAGGAAACGUUUGCGCGGAGAUUCGUGGUGUUACAAAAAAGUUUGUGAGGAAAUUUUGGCUCUAACUUCUAAAGAGUUCGUGAGCUUUUCGGAAUCAGCUGUAUAGAAAUUAUAUUUUUGCAUAUACAUAUUUAUAUUAAAUAUAAAUAUUUUACGGUGUUAAGACAUUGUGGCGAAAUAUAAUACUUUUAUAAAGAAAUAUU